UCAAACACACACGUUCCUUCUCAGAGCUGCACUCAAUAUUUUUUCUCUCACCUCUCUCUCCAUGCUGGAAUAAUGUAUGUGUGUUGUGUUCAGGUAUGUGUGUUGAUGUUUGUGUUGAUUGGAGGCGGUGCUGGACAGAGCUACGGACCCUCAUGUUACGGUGGAUUUGACCUCUACUUCGUCUUGGAUAAGUCUGGAAGUGUUCAGCAUCACUGGAAUGAGAUUUAUUACUUUGUGAAUCAUCUGGCUCACAAAUUCAUCAGUCCUAAGCUCCGGAUGUCCUUCAUCGUUUUUUCGACAGAGGGAAGAACCCUGAUGAAGCUCACAGAAGACAGGGAUCAGAUACGAGCAGGACUGGAGGAACUACAGAGAGUUUUACCAGGUGGAGACACUUUCAUGCACAAAGGUUUUGAGCGGGCCAGUGAGCAGAUCUACUAUGCGAGUGGUGAUGGUUAUCGAAUAGCGAGCGUUAUCAUCGCUCUGACAGAUGGAGAGUUACGUGAGACUCAAUUUGAUUUGGCAGCGAGAGAGGCAGGACGCUCACGUCAACUCGGAGCCACAGUGUACUGUGUAGGAGUGAAGGACUUUAAUGAAACUCAGCUGGCUACAAUCGCCGGCAGUGAAGACCAUGUUUUUCCUGUGAAUGACGGAUUUGAGGCCCUGCAAGACAUCAUCGACUCAAUCCUGAAGAGAUCAUGCAUAGAAAUAUUAUCUGUUGAACCUUCAACUAUAUGCGCUGGAGAAUCCUUCCAGGUGGUGGUGAGGGGGAACGGUUUCCUCCAUGCAAGAGAUGAGAGACGAGUGUUGUGCAGUUUCCGCAUCAAUGACACCUUCACCGUCAUGAAGAGGCCUCUGGCUGUGGAGGACACGUACUUGCUUUGUCCAGCUCCUGUGCUCAUGGAGGAGGAAACAUCUGCUUCUCUCUCCGUCAGUCUGAAUGAUGGCAUCAGUUUUAUCUUUAGCUCAGUCAGCAUCACCGCACGCGGCUGUGUGAACACAAUCCAAACUCUCAGCACUUCUACGAGCGCAGAGCUCACCACUGGCAUCCUGCUGGACAAUAACGCUCCUCCACCAUCAGUCUGCACAAUAGAUGUGACAGUGUUAGCCAUUCCUCUACUCAUCCUGCUGCUGUUAGUGAUUCUGAGCCUGAUCUGGUGGUUCUGGCCGCUCUGCUGCACUGUGGUUAUCCAUGAACCACCUCCACCUGUAAUAGAGGAGAGCUCGGAUGAAGAAGACGACGACGGCUACCUGAAGAAAAAAUGGCCGACGGUGGACGCGUCCUAUUAUGGAGGAAGAGGAGUAGGAGGCAUCAAACGCAUGGAGGUGCGGUGGGGUGAUAAAGGAUCGACAGAAGAGGGAGCAAAACUGGAGAAAGCAAAGAAUGCUCGAGUGACGUUGCCUGAUGUGGAGUACGAGUUUGAGUUUACACCUUCACGCACUCUCAAUAACGGCAUGCGCAAACCCGUCUCCGCCCCCAAAUGGUACACACCCAUUAAGGGAAAGCUGGACGCUCUGUGUGUGUGGCUGAGGAAAGGAUACGAUCGUGUUUCUGUGAUGAGGCCAAAACCUGGAGAAAAGGGUUGCUGUAUGAACUUCACCAGGGUGAAAUCGUACCCUCCUCCUCGUUAUCCUCACAAUAAUACCAACAAGAACAAAGCCGAUACAGGGCACAUCUACAGUUUGCCCCUCAAUUCCACCCCACCUGCCCCAAAAUGCAAACUGCCUCCCACCCCAAACUGCAUUUACUCCGCCCACUCUUCAUACCCCGACCACUUUUCCGACACCUCUUACCCUUCUUACUCCCCGACCUCCUCUCUUCCUCCUCUCCCCUCCACUCCACCCCCUUCUGCCACCACUCCGCCUCCAUACUCUCCUCCUCCGACUAGAUCCCCACCCUCCCUACAGGCCCCACCCCCUUCUCCUCCUCCAAGUUUUCAGACUUCGACUUCUUCUCUGGCUCCGCCUCCUUACUCGGCUGCUCGAGCUCCUCCUCCAUCCCGCCCACCACCACGGCCCUCUAUGUAAAGGGAGGGGCUACUGAGCCGAGAUGGAAAUUGCAACCUGCGCUUCUUUCCUGUUUCAAAAGGGUCCACAUGAACAGCCUGACGUCAUCACAUGAGUGGAGCUUAGAAACAACUUCAUCCACCAUUUUAAAAAGGAAACCACAGCAAUGCAUUCCGGGUAUGCCGUGCUCCCGACGAUGACAGGCCUAUAACUUGAUCUGGUAAUUAAACAGGAAUGAAGCAGAGUGUAAACGGGAAGAUUUUCAUGAGAAGCAUCAUGAGGUGUUUCACUCGCUUCCAGUCUUGAUCUGAUCCCCUUCUGUAUGAUCAUAAUGUCUUGAAGUGUGGAAUGGAGAGUGGACUGGAAAAAGGAAAUGUGGAAUAUUCCUAAUUAAGCACAUUGAUGGAAUGUUGGGAAAUUUGGAUUCUUACUGCCAGAUAAUGAAGUCAUGGUGUUACAGCAGCUUCGCUUAAACUCAUGCGCACGCAUUACAGUCCUGUCUUUCUUGCAUUUUCCUCUCCACUCUUCCAUCCCUUUUCUUUUGUGUUAUUUUCCAUCAUUCACACUUUUUUCCUCCAUUCUUCCAGCUCAGCCAUGUUUCUCUCCAUUCUUCCUCCCUGCAUUAUUAUUAUUACCACCUUUCCCUUUAAUCUUGUCUUUUUUCUCUAUUUUUCCCCCCUUACUUUCUUCCAUUCAAUCAUUCCUCCAGUUUUGCUUCCCUUUCCUUCUCCUUCAUCCCUGCAUGCUCACAUGAAGAGCACCAGCAAUCCUCUAUAUCCUUGUGCACUUGUGAAAUCACAGACUCAGCUUUCUAUUUUCAAAUCAGUAAACGUUUGCACAAAUCUUUGUUUUAAAGUAAUAAAGAUGAGAGAGAGAGAGAGAGAGAGAGAGAGAGAGAGAGAGAGAACGAUGUAAAGAUGAAACGAGGUGUUGGGUAUUAAUUCUGUAUAAAAUGGAGACUUUAAAUGUAUAUACACACUCACGCACACAUCAAUAUCGUCUUUUGGACAGAAACGCAAGAAACGUUGGCAAAUUUUGCUUGUAGUUAUUGAUAAACGUAAUAUAAUCAUUACUGAAUCAUUUCUGAUAUUUGAGUGGUCAGGUGAGAAAUUGGAGCGAUAGCGAGCAUACGGUCAAAAAGGGCUAUUUCAGUUUGUCUCAGUAAUUUCUUUAUUUUAUUUUGAGAACUUUCUUUUUGUAUUUCCUGGAUGUAAACUUUAUCUUGCUUGUGAAGAUACAAUCGUAACUCUUUCUACGUGAAGAUAUUUUUUGGGCAUUAAUGUAACACAGAGCAUGUUUUGUACAUUCUAACUUAACCUGAUCACACAGUUCACCAUGUAACUGCACACAGCAAGUACAAUUUCUU